UGUCGAUGUAAACGAUACACAUGGCGGAACCAGCGGAACCACUCGAGCUCGAUUUCGACUCGCCUUCAGAUGACUUUCCCUCGCCGGUGACGGGCAUGCAGACGCCUGAUCCGCUGUUGAACCAUGAGCGUGUAAAUGUACGGCAUGAAGCACACGAGCAAGUUGUUGUCGAUGGGAGUUUGGGGCCCGAGGCUGUGCAUCGUAGAUAUUCUGUGCGGCCGGACAUUUGUGGUGACUCUGAUGUUACGGAUAUACCACUACAGACACUACCACUACAGACCCUACCGCUACCGCUACCGCUACCGCUACAGAUACCAACGCCACCACAGCAAGGAAGACAUCAAGGCGUACCGCCCGAGAUAGGAAGCUUCACGGCCGAGGUGGUGUUGAUCCUCGUGUGCUCUGCUGGCCUGAUGCUGUUCGCCUUCCUGUUGGGGGACAUGACGGUCUCACAGGCCCAGCUGCAGCGCGCGCUAGGCAUCCCCUCGACCGAGAUUCCCUGGCUGAUCGGGGCUUUCAACACGGCCAACGGGGUCUCCGUCGUGGUGUCCGGCUCGCUCGCCGACCUGGUACCCCCCAAGCGACUCAUGGUGGGCGCCUUUGCCUGGCUGACCGUGUGGAAUGUGGUCGGUGUGUUUGCGCUGACCCCGGCCCGCGCGCCGCUCUUCUUCUUCGUCCGCGCCAUGCAGGGCUUGUCCAUCGGCGUGCUGGUCUCGGGAUGCAUGAGUAUCUUGGGUCGUGUGUACAAGCCCGGUUUGCGCAAGAACCGCGUCUUCUCUGCCAUGUCGGCAACCUCGCCUUUUGGCUUCUUCCUCGGUGGUGUCCAGGGUGGCGCGCUGCAGGGCCGGCUGCCCUGGAUCUUCGGUACGAAUGCGCUCUUCUCGGGGAUUUGUGCUCUGGCGGCAUAUCUGGUUAUUCCUGCCUUGCGGCCCGUCGCGGAUAUCGCGGGCGCGGAGAUUCCCUCGUGGCGCCAGUUCGACUUCCUCGGCGCGGCCAUCGCCAUCACUGGCUGCGUGUGUCUGCUCUUCGGCCUCACCCAGGGAUCGGCCACCUCGUGGGCUCCAUACACGCUGGUCCUGGUUGCCGUCGGGGUCGUCGCUCUCGCUAGCAUGUACUUUGUCGAGCGCCGGGUUGCCCGCCCGCUGAUCCCCAACCGCCUGUGGAAGACACAGGGCUUCACCCCGCUCAUGGUCGCCUACUUCCUGGGCUUUGGCUCCUUCUUCGGCGCCUGGCAGUUCUACGCCGUCCAGUUCUGGCUGCAUAUCCAGCACGCUGCCCCGUUGACGGUCGGCCUGUACCUGCUCCCCAACGCUGUCGUAGGAGUCUUCGCGACCUGGAUCGUCAGCCGCACCCUGCACCUGAUUCCAGGACAUUACAUUUACACAUUCUCCAUGCUAGCUUUUACCAUGGGGCCGACCUUCUUCCUGCCGCAGACGCCCCGCUCUAGCUACUGGGCGCUCUCCAUGCCGGGCGUCGGGCUCGCCACCUUCGGCCCGGAUCUUGCCUUCGCCGCCGCCAGCAUCUUCAUCACCAGCAGCGUCGCCCGUUCCUACCAGGGCACCGCAGGUAGCCUGCUCGUCACGAACCAGAACCUCUCGUCCGCCAUCAUGACCAGUAUCGCAGAUGCGAUCGGCUCGCGUGUCGAUAUGCAGCCGGACGGAAACAUCGGAUUGAAAGGGUUGCAUGCCAUCUGGUGGUUUGGCCUUGCGAUGCAGUUGCUUUCCGCCUUGAUUACAGUCGUCUGGGUGAGGAUUCCAAAGGAGGAGGAAAAGGAACAUGUUACCUAGUCUCACUGCAUAUUGUUAGUGGGGUUCGUAAUCUAGCAUAUAAAAGAUUCAAAACGGGCUAUAUAUAUGCUCUCUCUCGACAUUCUAAUACAAUCCGCAUGGACUCAAGAUCAUGCUCAGUCCGCAGAUUCCGUUAUGCAAUACCAUGCAGAUCGCAAGGGAUACUUACUGUACUACUAGCAGAGAUAUGACAAUCUAUUGUCUACUGCACGUCGACGGUGUUUUCGCCAGACCACCACUCCUUUUGCACUUUCUCGAAUUUAUCCAGACCGCCGAUUA